AUGCUGCAAUCCCUCACUCUCACCUCCACAGGGGUCACUGCAGCAGGAGAAUCACUCGAAGCUUCGCUGGAGCUCUCCGUCCACAGUGUCAGCAGUGGCUCUUGCUGUCUGCUUGACUUUUUGUCCUCUAUCAGCAGAAGGCCGGCGGAGCAGGCGGUACCCAGCAGGGCGGAGCAGGAGGCUCAGGAGCCCUCCAGGGCGGAGCCGGAGGCAGAGCAGGUGGCACUAGAGCCCUCCAGGGUGGAGCCGGAGGCAGAGCAGGCGGCGCUAGAGCCCUCCAGGGCGGAGCCGGAGGCAGAACAGGUGGCACUAGAGCCCUCCAGGGCGGAGCCGGAGGCAGAACAGACGGCGCUACAGCCCUCCAGGUCGGAGCCGGAGGUUUUCCUGCGGAAGCGUUCCUGA